AGGCAUGGGAGAUAUGUAUAGCAACAAAAGCAAUACCUGUUUAUCGUCUUCAACUUCAGCACAACGUUACCGUCCACCGGACGAGCUCUCGAUCUUCCUCCGUUAAAUUCUCAGCAAUUCCUCUUGGUCGUCCUCGACUUCUUCUCUUAUUACGCAUACGCAGUCUAUUCCGGUGGAGGUUCCUGACCGUUCAUCCCGAUUACUGUAUGCUGAAGGGUUAACGGCCGUUGAUUCGUCUGAUGGAGCUAAUGUUUCUUCUAGUGGCUAUGUUUUAGGGAAUGUGAGAGUAGCGAGCAUGGCGAAUGAGCACUCGUCUUCUUUCGGGGCGAGUGAGAACGAGACCGAUGAGUAUGAUUGUGAAAGUGAGGAAGGUCUAGAUGCUUUAGCAGAGGAGCUGCAGGCAAAGCCCGCUCCUCCGCGUAGUUCAUCCAAAAGAAGCAGAGCUGCAGAAUUUCACAAUUUGUCUGAGAAGAGGAGAAGGAGCAGGAUUAAUGAAAAGAUGAAAGCACUGCAAAAUCUCAUACCAAAUUCUAACAAGACAGGUAAAGCUUCGAUGCUUGAUGAAGCUAUAGAGUACCUCAAAGGAAGACAUGAGUGUAAGAUGGGUAUUCCGCUUGUUUCACAGGCUUUUCAGUUUUUUCUGGCUCAUGUUCGAUGA